UACAGCAGUAAGGAAAGAGUUCUCUCCUUUAGACUUCGCCUCGAUUUUACCAACUACCUUUUCGUCUCGAGAAACUCUUCGCCAUGGCGACUUUAAUCGAGGACCAAUUAAGCAGUAGAGACGAUGCCUUCGAGCUGUCUAGCAUCACCGCCAAUCCAAGCAACUCUGCCGCCCUUGCUCCCCUGGCCCCACAAGUAUCUCGGAAUGCAGCUUCAACAAGAAGUAGCACCAAGAAGAAAAUAAUGUCUUCCCUUAUCGUCCUGUCUGCUUUCAUCUCCAUGUUCACAAGCUGCGGCCUAAACUUCGCCUUUGGCGUCUACCAAGAACUGUACGAAUCCAUGUCCUCGUCGGGCGAGCCAGGGCCGUUUCGAAAUGCCUCUCCCGCGCAGAUUGAUCUCAUUGGCACCCUAGCAGUGUCUCUGAUGUCUCUCGGAGCCCCGUUCGCGUCGGGUUGGUGUAAGAGUUACUCGCCUCGCACCAUCACAUUCGCUGGUGCCUUGAUAUUUGCCCUUGCCAACGUCUUGGCUUCAUUUAGCCAGAAACUCUGGCAGUUCAUCCUUACUCAAGGUGUGCUUCUUGGAGUAGGCACAUGUUUAACCUACAUCCCCGCCGUCACCGUCACCCCGGGCUGGUUCGGAAAACACCGCGGCCUCGCGAUAGGCAUUCUUUCCUCCGGAACCGGCGUCGGCGGAGUUGCCUGGGCCCCCGUUCUCCGAGCAUUGAACGACUCGAUCGGAUUCCGUAACACGCUCCGGCUAACCGGAGGCCUGUCGUUUCUCCUCCUGAGCUUCGCAGCAGCCAUGCUAAAAUGGGAGCCGUCCAUUGAACGUCAGAACCGCCUCGAAAUGCGGGAUGCCCGUUCUCGCCUGCUCGUCCCUCUCAUCGACUGGCGUGUUGCGCGGUCGAGGAAAUUCGUGGCCCAGUGCACGUCGGCUGGGUUGCAAGCUGCUGCGUACUAUGCUCCGGUGUACUUCUUCUCCUCGUAUGCGCGGACUUUGGGCUAUUCUGCUGCGACUGGAGCGACAUUUAUCUCGCUGUCUAACGCCUCGUCUGCGAUUGGCAAGGUUGUCAUCGGCUACCUCGCGGAUCGGCUUGGUCGGCUGAAUGUCCUCCUCUUUGCAACUUUCGUCAGUGCCGUCUCGGCAUUGGGCCUGUGGCUACCUUCCACUCUGUCAGACGGUGAUCGAGACGGAAGGAACCUCUUUAUCGCCUUUUCAAUCCUGUACGGUAUCUUCGCGGGCGCUUAUAUCAGUCUGUUCCCGACAGCGCUUGUUGAACUAUUCGGAGUCCAGCAUUUCGCAAGUGUCAACGGCUUCUUGUAUAUGGUCAGGGGGUUUACUGCCUUGAUUGGGACGCCUAUCGCUGGGGCGCUGAUACGAGGCAAUGGGGGAGAUGCAGAAGGACCACGCUUGAGUCAAGCGUAUUUCAAGACGAGCAUUCUGGUUGGCGCUCUGCUGGCAGGAACUACUGCAGCUGUGGCUUGGGUGAGGAUUGAAGCUAUCGGGAGCCUUUCGGGUGUACAGGAAGAGGAUCAAAGGAGAAAAUGGAGAGUUUAAGUGCUGAGGCUCAGGAUACUCAACACGGGCAUGUCCGCGAUUUGCCUUGCAACCCGUGAUUAAGCUCAUCUUUAGGAGCCGUCAUUAAGAUCCUUCCCUCCCACCUGAGAGGUUAUGAUUCACUCUCAAGUUCCAUGUAGCCUGCAUUCUUCAAUGCCCCUUCUGGCCAUCCAAUCUGUGGAUAUCGGCUCGACACUGAUACCACCUCCCACUAUAUAAAUACCCAUUAGUCCCUCUGUAUCUCUCUUGAAGCCAUAGUGAUAGCCAAAACAGUACACAUCCAGCUCUUACAGCCAUCACAUACAAACGACCCGCAACGGAAUCACACACGAUUCAGGAUGGGCUCCUCUACUAGCGUGCCAAAACCGACCGCAGAAGAUUCUGAAAA